AUGGAUACUUCAGCUCAAGAGUACACUGAUACUCAUCCAAAAUUGAAGCAUCUAUUUCUGCAAAUCAAACAUGUUAUGGGCAGGGCAGCAUGUGUUAUUCCCUCGUUCAUUGACAAUGAUGUUACUGAGGACACUGUUAGACAACUGGACCUUGAUGCUCGUGUUUUGCUUGAAGAGUUCAAGGUUAUCAAGCAAGAAGCUAGAGAUAUCUAUGACAGCAUAUUGCCAAAAUCCCAGAGGACCAAGUUCCCCACAACAAACGAAUUAGGCUUUGUGGAUUUUGUGAUUCAGAAUGCGAAGCAGCUGCUACACUCUAAAGAUGACUUCAUUGCUCUAUUGUGGCAUCAAAUUGAGAUGGUUCAUGAUCACAUAUUGUCUAUGAGGGGAGAUUUUAUUGAAAUUGCUAAGCAUCCAAGAGAACAUCAAGAUCUGAAAGAUCCCUGGACACGUUUCAAAGAUGUUGUGUACCAUAUAGAUUAUGUUGUCGAUUCGUUCCUCAUCAAAGAUCAACCUCUUUGGUAUCAUAAGUUGGGGCUAUUUUAUGCCAUUGAAGAUAUUAAGAUUAUAAGCAGAGAGGUCAGUGAUAUCAAAGACAGAACAAUGAAUCACGUUGCAGCCCUGAAAUUUUCCUCCAAUGUUGCCGGUAUUUCUUCACAAGCUAAUUCAGGAGAGUUUCAAGUAUUGUCACGUUCCAUUUAUGGGGCCGGAAAUGAAGCAAACAAGCCUGGUGAUUUCGUGGAACUUUUUGAGGAUGAAGCAAAAAAGAUAAUGGAGCAACUCACCAAUGGUAAGACAACACUAGUUCAUUCAAUAUUUGAAAAUCCUUCCGUUCUUCUGCACUUUCAUGUCCGUGCAAGGUGUUGUGUAACUCAGGUCUAUCAGAAGAGAAGAUUGUUGCUUGAAGUUCUGCAGCAAGUUAGUAAAGUAAGUUACAAGGUACUUGGAAUGACUGACGACAGGCUGGCUCUGAAAUUAUAUCAAAGUCUAAAAGGCAAACGUUAUCUUAUAUUUGUUGAUGAUUUGUGGGAUAUUUGGCCGUGGAAUGAUAUGAAGGCUUCUUUCCCAGAUGAUAACAAUGGGAGUAGAAUUGUAUUCACAAGUCGAUUUCAUAACAUUACUUCACAAAUCACAACCAAUAGUAUCACCAUUUUUCUGAAUCCAAUAUCAGAUCUUAGUAGUUGGGAGCUCUUGCAAGUCAAGCUAUUUAAACAAGAAAGUUGCCCCCAAGAACUUUUUGGAAUUGGACAGCAAAUUGCAGCAAAUUGCAAAGGCCUACCAAUUGCUGUGGAUUUGAUAGCUGGACUACUUGGGACAAAGGACAGAAAGAAGGAAUCCUGGAAACAAAUUGCAAAUGGUUUGAAUGCUCACCUUCUGAAGACCAAAAUGGAUAUAGAAGUCCCGACAAGUAAGUUGAUACGGUUAUGGAUUGCAGAAGGAUUUGUUGAACUGCAAAAGGAUGAUAAAGGAAGCUUAGAGGGUGCAGCUCAGAAGUAUUUGAAUGAUCUAAUUGCUAGGAGCUUAGUAAUAAUCUCCAAAAAAGGAUCUCGAGGUGGAGUUAAAGCAAGCCGUGUUCAUGAUCUCUUGCGUGAUUUUGCCUUGGCAAAAGCUAAAGAAGAGUCCUUUUUGCUAACAACAACGGAUUUGAACAAUUAUCUUCGGUUGGUGAUUCAUUUUAUGAGCCAUAUCGUCUGUCCAUCAAUUCUGGAUCGGACUAUUUUCCCAGAAGUUCUUUGA